UCUCUCUCCUCCUCUGUUAUUAAAUUAUUCCAAUCACUAACUCUUAUAUAUCUUCCUCUUCUUCAAAAGCUCCAUCUCCCUCCUCUCAACAUCAAAGGGAAAAAGAAAAAGGAAAAAGAAACCACCACCACUGGCACCACCACAGGCGGCGGCGACUCUACCUUGAUCACUACUCAUCAUCACAAUUAGAAAGUUACAAUCUUUUUGUAUCAUAACACAAUGGAUCCGUGCCCAUUUGUACGGAUCCUAGUAGGUAACCUGGCUAUUAAGUUCCCAACUAGUUCAAGAUCCUCAGUUUCAAGAAGUACAAGUUCAUGUUUUUGCAAAAUCAAGCUCAAGAAUUUCCCUACCCAACAAGCAACCAUCCCACUAUUACAUCAACAAGAACCACAAGCCCAAAGCCAAGAAAACAAUUAUUGCAUAUCAAAUUCUUUAGCAGCAUGUUUCAAUCUUGACAAGACCCAAAUCAAUAAAAUAACAUCUUCUACAAGACCCACAAGUUUGAUUCUCGAAAUCUACACUGGGGGUGAGGCUACAUGUGGGUUUAGCAAUGGGAAGCUUCUGGGUAAGGUUACCGUUCCACUUGACCUGAAAAAAGCUGAGUCUAGGCCUUGUGUUAUACAUAAUGGAUGGAUUGGUAUUGGAGAGAAGAAUAAGGUGGAAUUUUAUUUGUGUGUUAGAGCUGAACCUGAUCCAAGAUAUGUGUUUCAGUUUGGUGGUGAGCCUGAGUGUAGUCCUCAGGUUUUUCAAGUUCAAGGAAGUGUAAGACAAGCUGUUUUUACUUGCAAGUUCAGUUUGAGGAAUCCUGGAGAUCGAAAUUUAGGACAAAGGCAAUCUAUGUUAGAACCAAGCACAUCAAGAAAUUGGCUGCCUUCACUUGGAGCUGAAAAAGACCAAUCGGUUAAAGAAAGAAAGGGAUGGACAAUUACAAUCCACGAUCUUUCUGGCUCACCAGUUGCAAUGGCAGCAAUGGUCACUCCAUUCGUACCAUCCCCUGGUUCGGACCGCGUCAGCCGGUCCAACCCUGGGGCCUGGCUAAUCCUGCGCCCGUCACUAGGUACAUGGAAGCCAUGGGGCCGGCUAGAGGCAUGGCGCGAACAUCCUAAGACCAAUGAGCUAGGCUACCGCUUCGAAUUAAUACAUGACACAGCCACUGCCACCCCUACCACUACCACUCUGGUCAAUUCAUUAGUAAACUCUAAGAACGGAGGCAAAUUCACUAUUGACACCACCAACAGUGUGACUACCCCGGUGUGCAGCCCGCAUAGCAGCUGCGAUUUCGGAUCCGGAUCAGGGUCCGGGUCGUGGUCGGGAUCGGAAUUCGGAGCAGGGCUAUUCUCACAGUUUCUGUACAGGGGAUUCGUCAUGUCAUCAACCGUAAAAGGCAACAGCAAUUGCAGUAAGCCAGAGGUGGAAAUUGGGGUGCAGCACGUGAAUUGCACGGAGGAUGCGGCUGCCUUUGUGGCACUAGCAGCAGCGAUGGAUCUAAGCAUGGAUGCCUGCAGAUUGUUUUCUCAAAAGCUAAGGAAAGAACUAAGGCAGCAGAGUCAGAGUUUUGUCGUUUGACGCCGGAUUGAUUUGUCGUUUUGGGGGAUGAGUCGGUUAAUUAGUAGGUUGUUUUGUUGGAGGUUCAGGAAAUUUUAUUUUUUAAUUAUUUUUCUGUGUACAGUGAGGAAUGACAAAGCAGGCUUUAUAUAAUAAUAUUAUAUUAUAAAAUGAUUAACUAA